UUGAACAAAUAAUAAAUCUUAUGCAUGAGCGCCUUCAGGUUGUGGGCGCUGUCAUCGAUAGAAUCAAGAUGGCCAUGGUGUAUUAUAGAAAAGAAAAUUCUAAACGUUUGAGUAACAAUUUUUAAUGAUAUACAAUUAUUAAUCUACUACGAAGAAUUUACUUUAGGUUAUAACUGUGUUCGUAACGUUAAUUGUUCUCACAAGAGCUGAGAAUAUCACACAAAAAAACCGAAAACGAAAAUGGCACUUUUUGAGGCGAGCUGAUCUCGUGAGGAAUCUCCGAUGUCAACGGGGAAAAUGAUUUCCUUAGUUUUUUUGGCGAUUUCGCCAGUGAUCAAGGCGAAUUGACUGAUUCGAUACUUCAGUAACAAGUAUGACUUCUUCUUUAAAUCGAAAACGAAGCUCAUCUGUUAGUUUUACGAGAGCUAAGGAUGAUAGCGAAGAUGCUACGGAUGAAAUCCAUAUAUCUUUGGCACCAUAUAUACAAACAUAUUUGGCACACAGUGGUCAGGGACUCGGAUGUUGUGGAAUUAGCCUUCCAGUACCAUUUGAGCGUGCUGCCUCAAGGUCUUGGUGGAACCCUAAAUUUGAUUCAGAAAUACUUGAAGAACAAUUUAGAAGAAGUGCCUUUCCACAAAUAAGAUUAAGAUUUCGGUAUGCCCUAACAUAUAUCUUGCUAGUUUCUUUGUCAUGGUUGACAUAUUUUGUUGUAAUUGGAACAGAGCAUAGUACUACAACAUGGCCAGCUAUAGCAGCAAUUUUUAGUACCGUUGGAAUAAUGGUAUCAGCAGUUUUAUAUCUAACGCAUACCGAUUAUUACCAAAAGUGUGUGCUGCAAACUUCACUAGGAGUUGCAUUCAUACUUUGCAUUUUGUCAUUACUUUUCCUUACAAUAGUUCCACCUUAUAUAGAUGGCCUAACUCUAGUUGGACAUUUCGCUCUAUGUUCAGAAAUUCUGUUGUUAAUUUACACUGUGUUGCCAAUGCCACUCUAUGCCUGUUUGGGAAUAUCAACAGUUUAUUCUGUUCUAUUUGAAUUUUUAACUGCCUAUUUAUAUGGUACUAAAGCUGCAAGAGAGAAGUUUUUCAGUGAACUCACGUUACCAAAUAUUUCUACAGAGAAUGAUACGAUAAUAGACUACAGGAAAUUAUCAACAGCUAUGUAUUCUUCUUUGAGAAAUUUUAAUAAUAGUCAAUUUUCAAGUGUGAUGCAAGAUAACAACGAAUAUAUAACUACAACUAUGAAAACAAUGUCGUAUUCCCAAGAUUCAAAAUUGUUAUCUGUUCUUGGAAUGAACUUGUCUAAUCAAGAACCCAUGCUUGGAAAAGCAUUUGGAAUUCUAAAUAAUAUAAAUUCCAAUGUAGUAUCGACAAUAGUUAAUAUUCAUAAUUCCACUGUAAAUGCUUCUUCUAAUGAUUUAAUUUCCAAAGAUAUAAACGAUGCAACUUCGAUAUUGGGAGGAACUGUAUUUACCCGUAAGAACGGUGAAAUGUCAAAUUAUUUUUUAAGUAGCAACAUAUCUAAUCAAUCAUUUUCGGACGACAAUUAUUUUUCUACAAGCCUUGGGAUAAGAAUUUUAAUGCAAGUUUGCAUUCAUCUGAUAGGUAUACAUAUUUUAAUAAUGACUUUUGUAAGAAUGCGUGGUACGUUUAUGAAGGUCGGCCAAUCUUUAUUAGUCCGGCGUCAAUUAGAAAUGGAGAAACAGCUUAAAGAAAAGAUGAUUCACUCUGUGAUGCCGCCUAAAGUUGCGGAUUGGUUAAUGGAAGAAAGCGAGCGUGAAAGAGAGCGCGAGGAUUCUUUGAAGAAAGGAUCAAUACCGUCCAAUAACACGGAUAUCCGUUCAUUAUUUCGACCAUUUAACAUGCAUUCAAUGGAAAAUGUUAGUAUUUUGUUCGCUGAUAUUGUUGGAUUUACACGAAUGAGUUCGAAUAAGACUGCAGAAGAAUUGGUAGGCAUUUUAAAUGAUCUUUUCGAAAGAUUCGAUGAUCUGUGCGAACAUCAUGGAUGCGAGAAAAUUUCUACAUUGGGAGACUGUUAUUAUUGUGUAAGUGGAUGUCCAGAGCCAAGAUCUGACCAUGCAAAAUGUUGCAUUGAAAUGGGACUAGCUAUGAUAGAAGCUAUAAAACAAUUUGAUAUUGAAAGGAGAGAGGGUGUUAACAUGAGAGUUGGAGUACAUACUGGAACUGUGCUCUGUGGAAUUGUAGGUACUAAACGAUUCAAGUUCGAUGUUUGGUCUAAUGAUGUUAGUUUGGCAAAUAAAUUAGAAAGCACAGGAAAACCAGGAAGAGUUCAUUUAAGUGAGAAUACAUUAAGUUUUCUUGAUGAUCGAUAUAUCACUGAAGAUGGAGAAUUAAUAAAUGGUAUUAAAACGUAUUUCAUCAAAGGUCGAAGAUCAGAUUUUACUAAUCAAUUUAUAAUGAAUAUCACAUCUCCGAAAAGUAUAUCGCCUUUGAUGCAGUCACGUCAUCGUUUGGCCUCAUGUAAUAGUCAGUCUAAAUCAAAGUAUCACUAUCUCCAUAUGGUUACUAAUCCAAGUAAUUAUAGAAUGAAAGCGAAUUCUUUACCAAGUAUUCUAGAUUCCGAAAACGGCGAUACUGAUACAAUGGAUGAAAAGGAAACUGCAAAUAAAAGUCCAACAUCCGUUGCUAGUUACGGAAAAAAAAAGUUACGGAAUAAACCUUGGAGAUAUUUACAAAGACAACGAACUACCGAAGAAAUGACUCCCUUAGAAAUGGAGGAAGCUAAAGCAAUUAUUGCUGAAAGAACAAAAACUGAAUCUCAUUCGUACGAAGAUCGUAAUGGAUUUAGGCAGAACACAUCUCAAAAUGAUGUUGAAAUGGAUCCAAAUCCUGUACCUUCUAGUCCUUUAUUAUCUGGUCAAGAGCCACUCAGUCGUGCCUCUUCUAUGUGUAGUAGAAAAGAUUCUGGAAUCAGAAGUAAUAGCAGGCGUAGCAGUAUACAGCAACAGCUGUUUAUGAUGAAUGGUAUGGCUCAAGGAGACUUAUUAGCACACAGAGUGAGUGGCUAUUAUACGUCUAGUUCGACGUUAAACUCUGUCCAAGAGCCAUCGUCCUCGGUACCGCCUUAUCCGUUUCCACCAGCAGUCACGGAUACCUUUGGUGCAUGUUUUCAUAAGUUAAGAAAACAGUCCGAUUUACAGUUAAUCAGGUGCGUUCAAGACAACGUCAGUUCUCAACGGUCAUACUUCGUGAAGCCGCCACUAUCGAGUUUGACACUUUUCUUCAAGAACAAAGAAAUGGAAAAGGAGUACAGAGAGAAUGCUCACAAGGUUAGCGAAUGUAUCAGUGGCAACCCACCCACCUUGGCUACCUCGAGAUUCAACACGUACUUUGAUAUUUUAAUAUCGGCAUUAGUUUACACUGCCGUUUCAGUCUCGCUUUUCUUACUUUGCGAGCCAACUUUAUACUACAUGAUAUUUUUUGUAUGUGCCACCACCAUCCAAAUUAUAGCUGUGUCGCUUUGUGUUCGUCAACUGUUGUAUCCGAAUAUGAUCCAUGGGACGUUGACGCAACAGUUAUUUAAGUUUUUCUUACAAUGGUACCCUUGGCACAUCUGCGGUGCAAUCCUAGUCGGGUUACCGAUCAUUUCUAUUCUUCUCAACUAUACAUGUAGCAACUUUCAUAGUUUGAACAAUUUCGAAUAUUACUACGGCUACUUGAUCUUCGUCGGUCUGGUCCACUUUUGUAAUUUCACGCAACUGAACUGCUGGAUGAAGAAUUUUCUUGUAACAUUCAUGGGUGUGCUAUUUCUUUUUCUCAUAGUGAAUCAGGUAUCAUACAGUCAAAAAAAUCUUGGUACCCAACUCGCCAAUAGUUCAGUGCAUUAUCUACCUCCUUCAAUGGGUCGUCAAUUUAAUGAAAGUAAAACUGCUUUCAUGAGGCAACGGGAGGUAGAAAUCCGAUACAACGAAAGAUUGUACAACUCCGAGAUUUUUUUAGACAUGAUACUUCUGCUUCUGCUAGUUUGGUUCUUAAACCGUGAGUUCGAGAUCAGUUAUAGGUUAAGUUUUCACGGGAACGCGGUGGCUGCCCGCGAUAAAAGUCGCGUGCAGUCUAUGAAAAAUCAAGCCGAUUGGCUUCUGCAUAAUAUUAUACCAAAAUACGUAGCCGACCAGUUGAAGACCACCGCCAAGUAUUCGCAGAAUCACAAGGCUGUGGGCAUUAUAUUUGCAAGUAUAGUAAAUUUCAACGAGCUCUACGACGAGUCUUAUCUAGGAGGUAAAGAAUAUCUGCGUGUGCUGAACGAGUUAAUCGGCGACUUCGACGAACUGCUAGAAAAACCAGAAUUCUCGAACGUGGAGAAGAUCAAAACGAUCGGUAGCACCUUUAUGGCAGCGAGUGGUUUGAACCCACAAGUCAGACAACAAGGUGAACACGAGUAUACGCAUCUUUUUCAAUUGAUAGACUUUGCUAUGGCGAUGCACAAGGUAAUAAAUGACUUCAACCGAGAUUUGUUAGGCUUUAAAUUGAUCUUGAGAAUCGGCUUUAAUUAUGGAGACGUUACCGCUGGCGUGAUUGGAGCUACGAAGUUGUACUAUGAUAUUUGGGGCGACGCUGUAAAUAUAGCAUCCAGAAUGGAUUCGACCGGAGUCGCUGGAAGAAUACAAGUGGCCAAGAAUACUUUGGAUGUUCUCGCAGAACGAUACGAGUUUGAACCACGUGGCCAAGUUUAUGUUAAAGGGAAAGAUAAUAUGGACGUGUUUCUAUUAAUAGGAAAGAAGAGCGAUGAUACAACGAUAAGCACUUGAACAUUUUUAAUGCGCAUUGGCGUAACUAGGACUUCUAGAAUGGGCUGGCCUCCAGAUUUAUUCCUAGGGUCAAUGACGCAAAUUAGAUUUUGGAAAUUUAAGAACUGUUUGGAAAUUUGAAACUGUGUGCUAUUAUUCAGUUACGCCAACGCCUAAAGUCAAUGAAGUCGAAUGAACUGUUAAUGGGAUUAUUUUGCACGUUACACUUAACAUCGAGCAUAUGAUCUUUUCCGGAUCAGGCUUCUAGCGAUCUCGCAAGAAUUGUAUAAAUUUGCGGUAGGUAUACCGUCGGCGUAACACGUGAACAUAAUACGUACCUUACUCUUCGAUUGCUCGCUCAUUAAAGAUAUUUAUUCUUAAUGAAAUAUUCACUGUAUUUUUUUACGUAAUUUAAGGGUAUCAGAGACCUACCAAAACCUACCUUUAUAAAAAGUACAAAAUCGAAUCAAUUUUAAAAUAAUGAAAUUUCUCCUGAUAUUGUUAUGAAGAAAAAAAGAUUUGUGCUAAACGUAUAUCGAGAUAAAUAGUACGCAUCAUUAAUGUUUGUAUGCUUAUUGAAUGAAUGAACGAGUGAACGUGUAAAUGACCGGCUCUGGUUGUCAACAGUUCCUAGUAUAAAAGUGCGACUUAUCUGAUAACUGCUAGUUAUCAUAUAUGUAAAAAGCUUUCAGAUAAUUUCCGAAUCAUCGUAUGAGAUUAUAUGAUCUUUUUGUGGUAGUCAAAAUUCUAAUUGGAUAUAAAAAUAUGUCAGGUCACUCUCAAAGUAUCAACAUUUUAAGAUACCUCGAAUCUCAAACUGUUCUUUAAGACUUGUUCAGUUAUGGUGGAGUCUUAAAUCUAUCGCUGUUGUAAUUACAUUUAUUCAGUGUGUAUCAUUAUUCGCACUAUAUAGGGAAUAUUAUGCGGAGGAAAACCUGUUUUAAGGUUACUAUAAAUCUCGCAAAUAUAGUACAUUGGAAUCUCGCUAUAUGACCGAUGGCACUAAAAUUGUGAAAUGAGCCAUAUAAAGAAUCUGAAAGUUAUUAAUUUGAAUAUGUCAGAGUUUGUGAAUUUAAAAAAUUAAAACUACAUUCCUGAAUUUGAAUCUCACUAUAUGACCUUCGAUGGCACUAUAGGAGUGAAUAAAAAUUGUGAAAUGAGCCUUAUCAAUUGAACUCGAAAGUUAUCAAUUUGAAUAUGUCAGUUUGUAAAUUGAAAAAAUUAAACUACAUUCCUGAAUUUGAAAAACGAGCCAUAAAACGAGACUGCAGUGUACUCUAUAAUUCCAUGCCAAGUUUUGCAUUCUGUUUUAGUUGGACGAUGAUAGAAAUUACUUAACAUUAUUUCAAGAUUAAUUGCAUAAACUAUCGCAUCAAUAAUAAAACUGUAUACUUCAUAAAUUACCAUUCCGUCAUUUUUAAUCUAACGUUUAUCUUUUUCUUUGUUAAUUAUCGGUUACAGGAUAAUACAAAACGGCUAUAAAAAUUGUGAAAUAUUUUUCUCAACAUUUUACUGGAAUUGUACUUCAAACAGUUUGUAUAUAGAGAUUCAAUACAUAAAUCUCUUUCAAUCUUUCAUGUUUGUAUGCGCAUUAGACUUGUACAAAAAUUACAAAAGGUCUCUUGAAUUAUAGCAUUUUCUUAUCCGUACUUAUCUCCGAAUGGAUCAGUGAAUUUUGUAUAAAAGUAGAUUUAUAAAUUUGUAUAUGUAAAUGGAGUAUUGAACAAAGCAUUUCGUUAUUACUUUCAGACUUUUUUGACUGAUAAUAAAAUUUGUAGUUGAAACAUAAUUGAUUAUAUUUAACAAGACAUAAUUUCGUGGAAUGUUAUCGUUUCAACGUAUGUAUACCAAACAAGAAAUUUAUCAUAUUUAAAAUUUCACAGUCUUUAUCACAUUUUAUUCUCUUUUUGUCUUUAACGAUAUCUCAUUGUAUAACUUUUAAAUUCGAUUUGUGAUGAUUGUCUUCUAUUAUCGAUCAUUAACUAAUUCAAAGUACCGUUAAUUAUGUGAUGUGUAAUGGUAAUCAUGUAACAUAGUAAUCUGAUUUCUCAUGCGAUAGCUGCAAUGCUGUAUUAUUCACAACAAUGAAACAUAAUCGAAGCAACUGAAAAUAGUAACAAUAAAACAUGGAAAUGUUAUGUAGUUCGAUUAAUAACUAAUAUUGAAUAAGAUCCACGUAACAAGCAUUUGAAAUGCAUCUUCGUCAAUUUUAAACGAUAAAUAAAAAGUUGCAUUUAAUACGGCUGUAGCGCAUAUUAAAUAAAACUUGUUAAACGAAGAAAGUUUGUAACAGUUAAAAAUAGAAAAAAAAAGAAAUACCUAAAUAAACUUUAGUACAAUAAAACAAUGAUCGGUGUGAAACAUAUAACGUAUAAACGCUUGCGAAUGUACUAAGAAACGUACGCACUUUCUUGUUGUUUAAAAACAAUUAUAAUCGAUUCGAAUACAAACUUUUAUACGAAAUAGUAAAAUUGAUUUUUUAUAAAUCAACAACCGUUGUAUUGUACAUUAGCGAAAUGUUUACAAAAAUCUGUACUACACAUCGUGUGAUCGUUGAAAACCAUGCUCUGCUUUACAUUGUUACAAGAGAUUUUAUGUAAAUCCAAAGGAAUAAUAAUAAAUGCGUGAGACUUAA